AUGAGGCGGAAGAAUCGCAUGAGAGGCUUGCCGUCGGCGAUCACUCCCUUGUUUUUUUGUGAGUUGCUCACUACUUUUACAAAAACUCAUAUUACCCCCUUUAAGUUAUUUCCUCUAUUUUUUCUCUUUAAGCGUGCCCAGAAGUGUUCUUUUAUCCAUCCAGAACUGUCUAAUUGAGUGCAGGUUUAGUGCACUCGGUUACGCGAAUCUCGCUAUUUAGUACACUCUAUAAGGGGACUUAAUUUACUCGUAGUAAGUAUCUGCAGGUGACCCAGUGUUCUGUAAUGGUUCCACAUUCCCUCUUCAAACUAGUCAGAAUCUUACUCUACGCCUCCUCGAAAAAGGUAAUAUAUGCGCAGACUGCUCCAUUAUGUUGGGUCCCGUCACACUUGCGUAACACAUGUUUUUCUAAGAGACGACAUGAAACUAUUGGCUAAGAUGGACAUACCCCUCCCAGCCUUGGUAACUUCAUACGAAGCCUGAUCCAUAGAUCCAUGAUGUUACUACUGCAGUAGUUCCUUCGUCUUCGGUCUUAAAUUAGAAAAGGCAGAACAUACAGGUGCCCCACUCGCCAUAAACGCGGACGCCCACCUGGACGGAUUUCAACAAAUCAACAGCAAGAAAGCUCGUUACUGCGUAUAUCCCCAACCACCGCUUACCCGCAACAACUUAGACUCGUGACCUCUGUUAACGGAGCCGCUCAUUCGUUGUCGUUUUCGCGGUCUUCAUCGUAGACAGUAGAGAGUUUCGAAUGCUUUGGUAUAAAAUGUCAUUUUCAUAUCUUGUCUUAUGCUUGAUAGGAACGGCAAUACAAGCAUGGAAAGGACUGUGGGGUAUAUUAGUCUGAGUGAGAAGUGACAUCUAGAGAAGGGGUGCUCGCCGAGAUGUUCGAUAAUCAGGUCAAUACGAGACCAGGGUUGUUUUUACAUUCUCCACCAGAAGAAGUGGCUCAAGCUACUUCUUUGUGGCCUCCCACUCUGUCGAUUGGGCAAGUCUCUGAGUUUUUAUUUUCUGAUCCAGAUCUCUGAUUGUCUCCCAUGUUUACAUGUGACUGAGGUAGCCUAAGCCGAACAAAUCCCUCGAAGGUAGUGUCUUUUAACUGUGCUUUCUGUACAGGGGAUUCCGGUUAAUUGAACCGCCCGGUAAUUGGGGCAGUCACACUCAGGACAAACGCCGAAGAGCAGAAGCAAGUCGUGUAUGUGCCUGGGUAGGACGGCGCUUAUGGAGUUCCGAAGUCAAAUCCGAGGAAUGAUGGCUCGAUUUUGGACAGAAAACGAGACAGCUACUGACUGCAAGUGGAGUUUAGUUUGAGUGUCAUGCCUCAAGGUCAGGCUACCUAGUUAGUCGCGAGGACCUGCGAGCUUUGGACACGUCGCGCCAACGCGCAGAUACUGAGAUCGAUAAAGUAGGCAGUACGUCGUUCUCGCAUACCUUGGGAGUACGAUCUCAGGAAACACCAAAAUCGAUGAUGAAAUCGCAAAUCGAAUCUCUAAAGCCAGCUAAGCCUUCUACCGGCUAAAGAAUUCCGCCCAGGACCGUUGCGGUAUCACACGCAGCACAAAACCGAGGAUGUAGAUGUCUGAUGCCCUUAAAACGAUUUUGUACUGUGAACAUAGUGGACCCUUUAUGUAGUCCAAUAAAGAAGACUCAACUAUCCUCACCACAGCUGUUUUGGAAGAAUAUUGAAGAUAAACUAGCAGGAAAGGACCCCAGGAAUUCAGAUCCUGGAUAGAAACGUUGUCCUCAAUAUCCACGCCAUGGUGAGGUAGAUUCAGUUACGAUGAGGAUAGAUAACGAGCGCCUGCCCAAGCAAUUAUUAUACGGCGACGUAGCUAUGGGUGGUCGCAGACAUGGUGGACAAAAGCGUCGCUGCAAGAAAACUUCGAAGACCUCACCCAAGCACCUGAGAUGACCUCAUUCAAGGUCGAAAGACAUGAUGCACUACCGCAAAAACUGGAGCAGCCAUCUUCCAAGCUAACCGAACGAUUGCUGCCAAGGCAAACAGGGAUACGCAGACUAAUGGCGCCAGCACCCAACCCCUGCCAUCGUGUCCACAUUGUCAACAGAAAUUCCAGGCGCAGAUAGUAGGUUCCGUUAGACAUCUGCGGACUCAAUGAAGUGCUAGCAUGACCAUCCUGCUUCUCAUCUCACAACACACCACCACUAGCAACAUCAAUGAGGACACUCCUAUUGACCUACAAAACAUUACCGUCAUUGCCUCCACUACCAACAACGCGGACUCAUUUCAGGCCUGUCACCAUUAAGGUCGCAGUUUCUCACCACGCAUGGGCCUAGACGGUCAUCUCCGGAUCCAUUGCAUUAAGACCCGUGCGGCUGCACCUGUAGUCCCGUCACACGCGCCUCUUCUGCUUAUAAUGCAUCUGAACAUCGGGUCUGGUUGGCCAUGUGCGUGUCCAUGACACCGGAAUUCACCACGACAGACCUACUCUCUACAUCUGAAAACUCUUCCAUCGUCACCACUAUCAACUCCAUCACGGCAAUCGUGGCCACUUAGGCCACCGCCAGCUCACUAGCCAUCCUGUCCUUACUGCCUCCGCACAUUUGCAUGACGCGUUGGCCUGCUCGGGCUUUUGCGAAUCCAUUACAUCGAGACUGACGUAUCAAUGCCAGUAGCCCUAAUAUACACCUGCCACAUCAGCCCCAUUUGCCCACACAGCUCAAGAACAUUCAGUCAUAUGCACCUCUAGGCAAAUCUUCGAUAAAACCGCACUUCAAACUCCAUCACACCUUACCCUACCUGCCCGCACACGUUCCUAGGCUACACAGAAACCCCUACCACACCACGCAUCACAUAUAUCAAUCAUACCUUUACUCUGCAGCAAGCAUGUUAUUUGCUUCGCUGUCGCCGUCAUGACUGGCGCAACCUCGCAUGUUAGAACAUUCACAUCCUACUUAAGCGAAAAGCGUGUCUUUUGAUGUAUCCUAGUAAAGUGACCAGGUGGUGUGUAGCACCUGUAGACAGGUUCUCCGAAUUUCUCUGCCACUGCGUCCAGUUUCGUCACGAGUUGGUUGACGGGUUUGGUCAGUCGACUGGUGCGUGGGAGAGAGAAGAGAGAGUGGCUAACCCAUUCCCAUGGCACGACCCGCCUUGGAAUUACCACCAUGUACCGAAAGUCGCGACUUGGAGGGCUGCCAGCUGACUGAAUAACAUCGGUAAUCUUGGCCAGUACUGUGUGUGUGCAUACGAGAUGACUGGUUUGCGGACUAGGAUUCAGGCCCAACGACUCCUUAGUGUGGCCUCUAUGACGCCCAUAAACGUUAGAUCGGAGCUCGCCCUUGUUUCCGCAAAACUUGGCGCAUUUUGCAGCGAUCAGGUCGUGCAUAGCACGCGUAGACAGGCUGCUUGAAUUUGUCUGCCACUGCGACCAGGCCCACCACUAGUUCUGUUGACAUUGUCUUGCGGUCGGAGUCUGGCAGGUGGUGGAGAGACUGCGGUAGGUGCUGCACAAGUCAGACUAAUGCACUCGCAGGUCAUCCAUACUGCGCUCACUCUGUGGGGCACACAUUGAUCGUCAUCGCCAUCGAUGAUCAACUGCGUGCUGUGUCGCAGUGGGCGCCUGACGGGACGCAAGUAACACUGCUAUCGUCCACCGACUAUGGUUGACAUAAACCUAUGGGCACCGUUUUGAGCAAGGCACCGGAUCGCUUUCCUGUCUUGUGGUGCAAAAAUAUGCCUAAAUGACAAACAGCAUCUGCUGGUUAGUUUAGCGAGCAUUAAAAUUCGGUGCCUCAAUGGCUCCGAAAGUGACGAUAUACCCUGUCUAUAUUAUGUGACCUUAGAUCUUUUGAAGAAGACGCUACUGCGGCAGGAUCCAGAACUGCAAGGGCGAACAACACUGAUUAUUUUGCUUUUAGAGACGUGUCCAUUUUUGGAUUUUUUAAAACAGUCUUCUCAAAUCUAUCCCAAAUGCAGCAUUUUGAGUACGGUUGAUGCAUUUGUGAAUCGAAAAACGGACUCCAUCUUGUCGUAUGUUAGUCGGAGAGGCCAGACACGAAAGUGAUCAAGGUGGUAGAUAAUGAAAAAGGUUUUUGUGACGGUAACUCGUCAGAAACUAUGACUGCUUUUCCCGUGUUGACGAGGGAUUUUCAUGUAAUGAUAAGUAUAACGGUUGUGAGGGUGGAAUCAUUGGAUAUUGUAUGCCAAUCAAACAGAGAUAUCAACAGGAGGGGAUUGCCUACUUAAAUCUGUUGAUUACUUUUCCCAUGCUUAUGACGUCCUAACUAGAGUUCCAGCAACAGGUUCGGUUGGCGACGAUUCCAGCGAGGAAUUUCAUGGCGUUCGACCACGCUUUUAAUGUUUGCUCAACGGCGCCAUUGAGAAUCCACUCAACGUACUCACAUGGAGAGUAUGACACACAGAACUCCGCUGCAUCUUUCAAAGACAGUUAUUUUCAACAAUUUUAACUGUUUUUCGAAGUAUUAACAGAUCCUAGGUUAGAUAAAACUGCCACGAUCAAGGGUGAUUUGAUGCCGAACCCUACAUACACUACUACAUUCAAAGUCACUCCAGAGCUUUACAAUGGCUCUUCGUGAAGUGCACCGCAGACUCGUCUUCGUCUCAUGGUUUAUUUGCCCCGAGGCUGACAUUUAUCCCGGGUGUAGACACGGUCGGAGGGUCUGAGUCGCAGUGUUUGGAAAAUUUUCAGUGUAAUUUGGACCCUCGCAGUCCUGUCUGUGCUGAUUUGAGCUGAGUCCAGAUUGUGAAAGAAACCACACCUAAGCUUUUCAAUUUCCUCAGAAAUCAUGGCCCAAACCUUUUCAGACUCGGUCCGGAAUCUAAUGUGAACGUUUGAACUGAAAUCCACCAACGUAAAAACCGACGCAAUCCUCACACGCUACUAUCAGGAAGUCAGGGGUUUACAAUUGUUAGUAUAUUUGCAGUAUCGUUGGCAUGGGCACCAGCCGAAAGCUUACAACUAGUACCCAUGCUGGCAUUACGAUGGAUGAAAUCAGAUCCCCUGAUACAGUCUAGGGAUAUUAUCAGACGUAACACUCGUGCGUAGUCAACUUCGCUUUUCGGCACUUUUAAUUUUUUUUCCUGAGCUUCUCUCUUAUAAUCCUCCGUCUUCACAAUCCGCUCAUGGAAAUGGGCUACUUGUGUAACUCUAGAUCUUAUCCAUGAGCUUGGCAUUUCCGUUCGCUGCGCUUAUCUUUUUGGGUUAUUUCCUAUCCACUGACUGCAAAUAGACGGGUGUAAAGGCGUUAGUAUCCAUUCUUCGGGUUAUUUUAGUAACCAGAGCCAUAGCAGCAUUACAUUGCAUUAAAACAAACUUAAAUGAUACUUUGUCAGUCUAUUUACGCAUCCUCCCCUGUUCCAGUCCGGAAGCAUUGCGUCGUGCCUUGGACAACCGUUGAGGCUUUCUUAAGCGGCAGACUCAUGCUAUACUUUUUAGCCAACCUCGACAAUAUGUCGUUUGUGUCUUUUUUGCUCGUUUGUAACCCUUUUCAAAAAUGCCUUUUCCUCUGGCAUCUUUAUUGUUUAUUCUCUAUAGUCUACCCCCCGUCCUGACUUUAAUUAACUUCCAAUAGAUUGUAGAUGGGACCCCAAGACGAGUGCAGUGGUAAAGAAACAAUGGAAUUUAACUGCUCCAAGGAACUUAUAUUUCUGCAGGCCGGUCCGGCCUCUAAUUGGGUUGGGACUCACUUUUGGAAUCUCCAAGAGGGUGCCGUAAUUCAAGCAGACCGUUCACCUCUCUGGCCUUCUGUUCUCUUCCGGGCUCAAGAAACAUCUCAUCAUUCCUCUACCUUGAGCCUCACUCCCCGUCUCAUUGCCGUGGAUGUGCUGGGUAGUGUUCGUAGUCCCGAACUGGAAUCUGCUGGAACAGAUGGCCAGACGCCGAGGCCGAAGUCGGCCGACCUCAUUGCCUGGUCGGGAGAUGUGCAGACCAUCCGAAAAGAUACUGCGGUCUCUCAGGGUGUUGAGAGGAAUUCACAGCCCUGGUACUGGACGGACUGUCUCCUACCGGCAGUUAGGCGGCGAUGGCGGGGUGAGCAGACUGCCUUUAUCCUACGUGACUACUUGGACGCUUCCAUGCCCUCAGACAGUCUGGCUUCACCCACCACAAAGGCGGAAGCUGUAGUUGAGGCCUGGUCCGAGUCGCCCUCUUACUUCACCUCGUUUACUCAGGUAUAUCAUCAGAAGGCACUCUGCCCUCAGCUUUAUGACCAUUGGCUGCGGUCACGGGUAUUAAUUGUGCGCAGCGGUUUCCCACGUGCCCCUGAUAGCAAAUUUUUCAUUUUUCAUAAAUGGUGCUUCAUUUCCUCUGUUGGUUUAUCUCUCAGAUUCUCUGGAAGCCUGUAGGUGUUAUAAGCAUAGCUAUCACUGACAGAUCGUUCAACGAUCAGGUUACGGGAUCUGCACGUCCUGUUGCGGCUUAGGAUUUAGUUUAGAGUCCUCGCAGGCAGUCCAAUGGCGACCAGUAUUGUUGCAGAAAGGAGUACCGACAAAGACAAGGGGGACUGAGAUGGCAGUUUCUCCUUUGCUAGCCGCCGUCAGCCAGCCAUGCCCAACCCCAAAUUAGGAUAACCUAGUAUUCAGACCAGAAGUCUUUGGUCAUUGGGCGUCGUCAAGUUCAGCACCUCACCACUGAACGUUCGAAUCCGAUCUUGCCCAAACCUGGGACUGGGCAUGGCUAACUAACGACGUCUGGUGAGCCAGAAACGUGCACUCAAGUCUUUGUUGGUAUUCCCUCCUAGAAGCAUCGCGUUCAGUCAGGGAGAGAUCAGCUCCAGUUCGGUCACAUAAGGACGAAGUGGCAGCGGGACAAAAUAUGGAAGAGGAUGUGCAAACGGACGAUAACAAAAUAUUUAUAUUGCCCACAAACUUAGAGUGGUUGUAGCGUGGAAUGCCCUGCCUACCGAUGUUGCAAUCUUCUCCUGUGUGAAUUCCUUUAAGUGUGGACUUGACGCGUAUCAAGCUUCCCAAUUACCAGCCUCACAUCCACUUACAUAGCCCGACACAACUUAUUCGUGUUUAUACUACUUGCAAUUAGUAAGUAACCGUUAUUGACUAUUUUUCGACUAGCUGUCAGCUGUCCGCGAUUAUGUACAAAAUCCCUUUUUCACCUUCCCACUUAUCAUUGUUUUUCUCCGACAACUUGUAGCCUAUAGGGAUUUCAAAGACGCUCGCUUAUAUUCCCCUUAAUAAACUGAAACUCAGUGAUAAAUCGUAGGCGAUUCCUCUCCUGCCGCAAAAUCUCUGUGUUCAGGACUUCGGCCGCGUGGGAAUUUUCCCCCUGCAUGAGGUUCGAGGCGAAAAAAGCCUCGAGUUCGACAGGCCUUGCCAUUAAUGUGUGCUCGUCCUCGCCAAACGAUGCCCCCAAGGCGAGCCGUGUCGAAACAACUUGAAAGUAUUGUCUAGUCCCUCGUCUGGCUGUGAAUAUUGUUUACAAUAAACAAUAAUACGAUGUGUGCGUGUGUGUGUUGAACAGAGCGAACAAACUUACCCCAUGAUGACAAUUACUUCGCAGGGUACGGUUUCAUACCGAAAUCCUGAUUCCUCGUCCUCGCUCUGUUCCAGCCGGUCGUAAAAGAACGACCAUACGUGAUCGCAUAUGAACCCUGGUGGGCUGUGUUUUAUUCUGUUUCCGGGCCAUGUUUUUUCGUCAUUUAGUAGUCAUAUGCCCAUCGUACUGCACCUUGUCAGUUGACUUUGCGUGUGCCUGCGACGUAGUAAAGGUCGUCUGCAUGGAAGGACAUCCAUAUGUACUCGGAGGGUAGUGAUCAUGCUUGCUCCCUUUUUGCCUAUUGUCCUGAACGCCUUAUUAUCUUCAGAUGACGGGCUAAUGGUCACGAUUCCCUUUAACUUUGAACCUCGCAUCCAGCCCUUUGUCUUUGCCCAUAAUGCAUCAUCUGUGGCAGUUUAACCGUUGUUGCCGACAAUGUCCACCUUGUGCUCCACAGCAGGGUGAGAUCAGGGACGAUUACUCGUGCGUGAGUUCGCUUAUAGUGAUAGUAGACCUGGAUAGCGUUUAUCGCACUCUCUUCUCCCCCACCUGGGUUCGGUGUCAUAAUAGAGUCAAGAUCGUAGACGGCAAACGACAAUACGGUGGUCGGCCCAACCGUCGACGUUACAGACAGCUUUGGCCUCCAGCACGUCGUGUUGAUCUCGUCUCCAGACGGAAAAGUAGCCUAGCAGCUGCCAGCGCCGCUAUCGCCUUCGUGCGUAUCGGAAGGCAGAAGAGCGUGUUGGCGAGGAGAAAGUGGGGUCGGUGUUCUGCGCAGUUUCGCAGGAAAAGGAGGCCAUUGUCGUCGCAGCCGCCCAAACCCCGGGGGACCCAGCACUCCUCUCAGGUAGCAUGGUCUAUAUAUACUGCAAGUCGUUAUGCAACUACCAGUCAGGGCCAUUGGAUGAACCCCCAUGUACAACGGGUCGAGUGUCCCGUAACCUGACCGGUGAGCGCCCGUCCCAGAAAUUUGGGGAUUUUGUUGGAUGGUAAUCCAUAUUACAAUGUCACCUUUGUAAUUCUUUUUAGCCGGGAUCACGCUUGAGGGAUUUCGUAAAUCUUAUUAUGAGUUACGUCGCCCACUGUAUUUUCCAGCUCGUAUAGCUGUACUCACAUUAUUCGUCCAAAUAAUCCCUCAUAGAUUUCAUCCGACGCAAAGCUGACAGCCGAUGUACAUCCCCUGCGUCAGACCAGAGGCACUAUUAAUUAACCAAUAAGCUGCAAUAGGUGGUUUUUCAGACAGCCUUUAGGGCAAACUUAUACGAGGGAGAUAUUCGCCGAGCCUUCCUAUUUACGGCGCGGAAAAGGGGCGACUACGUUUUGCAAAUGGGCCUCAAGUGAGCAUUCCAAUCUCCGCAGUCCAGUUCAGUUUUAUUGAGGGAAAUGUAGGUCUUCACCUUUGAACUCCCUAUUUGUUUACAAGCAACUGAACAAUUUCAAGAACUGGCAAAGGCAUCAUAAAGGUAACAAAUAAUCGAAAAAACGUCGGAAAAACAAACUGUCUCGAGUGUUAGUGGUACGAGCAAUAGUACAGCGGUCGUUUCGAGUGCAGGGAAAUAAAUAAUAUACCCAGUGACAAAAGUUGCAUAGGUGCAUAGGCGUAGGCGAUAGGUUGGGGGCAGUAAGAAAUUCAAUCUAAAAUGUUACUAACAUAUAGCAAGUAGUAUUAUUUAAUUAUAUGUCAUCCAAAAACUAUUACUUCCUAUGAACUGAAUUAUUUCGCCUGAAAAUAAUGGACGUACUUGAGUCUAACUCGCCAAAAUUAAACUUACAAAGUCUGGCCGCCAUUUUCUUGUAAUCAUUUGAGUUGAUUUACGCCAACCGUACGUUUAUUUUUUCAAUUUAAAAGAGAAUUUGGGAUGAUCAAACCUACGAAGCAAAGAAGUGGUAGAAUAAAUCGGCUCAGUUAAUUAUGGCCCCUUCGAUAACGGAGGCAGACACCAGCUUUUUUGUUUUCGUAUGCUCAUACGAUUAAGAGUAAAAACAACUGAGAUGCAAGAAAUUCAGCACGCUGACUAGGCAUUUAGAAAUCGACUCGAUUUGAGACCCAUACUGCGGGCCAUUACGUAAGCACCCUUCUGCAAUGAAUAAGUGGCAAAUAUUCCAUUCGACCCUUUCCCCCCCUUUUUCACUCGACCUUCCAUCUCUUUUAUUUGGUCGGGACGUCCAUCAGGGUGCCGAACUAUUCCGGCCGGACUCGGAUGCUUUUGACGAACUGGAGACUCGCUUCCGUCGUCUGGCUGAGGAAUGCGACAGUCCCAGCGGUUUCGUCCUCCUCGCCGACUCGGACUCUGGGUUCGCGGGCGUAGCCCUGCGCCUGGGUGAGUACGUAGGGGAGGAGUUUGCCAAAAGACCUCUCCUCACUUGCCCCCUGGCCUCAGUGCAGCAGCGGCAGCAGCAACAGCGGCGGCGCCGUUGGUCCAACGUCUGUCUCAAUCGUCUCAGCCUCUACAGCAGUCUUGAGGCCGCCGCUGCCAGUGGUUGGCCCACCUUUUCCGCUUGGCUACCUCUGGCAGCUGCGGUUCCCGAGGCCGUAUCAGGCCCUCCCUCCUGUUGCUCUCUGGCCGCGACUCUUUCUGCGGCCCUGGCAACAGUCCUGGCUCCCGUCCAACUCCGGUCACACCUACCCUUCGCUAGCGACCUUCACACCGUCCUUGGGGGACUUACACCCACACGGAAAAAGGUAAUUCGUCUGCCUCCCUCCCAUCCCUUCCGCCUAUCACAGGUCGUAAAGACUUGAAAUCCGCUCGUAUUAGUCACAGGUACAGAAAAGACGGAUCGGCAGUCUGACAGGCCUGCGCUCGUCAACCGCUACUUCGACACACGGCCAAAUACUUUAAACUAGUCGUUGUUGUCUCUGUUCGCCGUUCGUCCUUAGCUCUGGGUUGCAGACCGACAUUACUGGCAGCAUGGGCUGUCGGCGUAUUUUAAGGUGUUCGGCGAUCUUAUGUGGUUGUCGUUUUAAGUAUAUACUUCAUAUUGACCCAACUGUGAAAAACUCGGCGCCUCGGCGGGAUUCGAACCCACGCAGUAAGGGGAAGGCUUUAGUACAGCUAACGCUCUAACUACUUGAGCUACGAGGCCCCGUCGGACGACGCGAGUUUAAUCAUAUUUGGGUCAAGUUGCCCGCCCAACCUGCUGCUACGUCUGGAAUUCACCAAAGCUGAUACAGUAAGUUGACUGCCCAAGCAGGAUUUCCUAAGUAAUUCACCUAGAAUCCACCAGAUGACUACCAGGCUCACGUACUUCAUGAUUAAACUCGAGUCGUCCGGCGGGGCCUGGUAGCUCAAGUGGUUAGAGCGUUGGCUGUACUAAAGCCUCCCCCUUACUGCGUGGGUUCGAAUUCCACCGAGGCGCCGAGUUUUUCACAGUUGGGUCAAUAUGAAUUAUUUAAAAUCAGCCAAAAUAUCUAUGAAUUAAGUAUAUGCGUAAGGAAUGCCCCCAUUCACUUUUAUACGGACUCACCAGAGCUGUCUCUCAGUAAGUAAAACGUUAAAUAGUUAAAUGACGAAUUCUCGUUUAAUCCGGCCGGUGUUACUGACGUCAUUCAAGUCACAUCUGACCAGUAAAUUGUUCGUCCCGACCAUAGCUCUUCAGUCCUUUAGAGCCCGGCUAAACGCUGAGUUGAAAGACAAUGCUUACGUGUGGCCGCUAGUUGGAAUAGUGCUUCCAUGUAGUCCCAGCAUUUGAAGCUGCAUGCUCAUUCCCGUCCCCCCGACGCUCUAGUUCUAGGUUCGAGAAUUACGCAGGAUGAUUAUGAUAAUCGCACCUAUGUGGGGUCCGAGUCACCCAUAUAAUAGUCUGGCACCUGCAGCUGGAGCCGAGUCGUGUGUGCGGCGCGCAUAGACGGCCUGUUCAACUUUACCAACCACCGCACCCACCUCCGGUCGUUUUGCCUCGGAGCAAGGUAGGCGUGGGAAGGGGAGUGUGGUAUAUGCUACGUAAGUCAGCCUCAUUAUAAACUAAUUCACAUGCAAGUCAAGGGUGCUGCGCCCACUCAGGGGGACCCACAGUGGAUGUCAUCCCUCGCGAUGGUUGGAAUGUCAUAUGGUUGACCAAUUUGCCAGACCGGUGUCCACCCAAGCCUCGGUGCCUUAUUCGUCGGACCAGCCGAUAUCAUUCGCUAAAGGCAGUCCCUCUAUUCGACACUUGUGGACAUAUCAGGAGGCCUGUAGCUUGGAUGUCAGGUAGGUCCAGUCGUCCCGAUAUUCCUGCCGUUCCAAUGACUCAUGACUCAAGGAAUUAGAAGAAACUCCAAGCUAUAAUGAUCAAAAUAACCAAUCACAGACGUUCGUGCAUGAGAACAUGCAACACAAAGGGCAGCAUCGUUGAGAAAGUUAGACAAGAGCAAGAUGGGGAGGCAGCGGGAAAGUGAAGGCGCAUGCAUCAGAAAUGGGAAUUAAAUUGCCUGAUUUUUCGAACGCGCAUGCAACCCACACUUCCAGCCCGUCGGAGCCUAGGUCAUGGUAGCAGCCGCUUGUUCUGGCCGCGUACAUUUAUUCCAUCGCUGCCCGUUUUUGGAGGCCAGCUCGCCCCCGUGGAAGAAUAUGCGAAUUUUUGAGAUCUGUCGCAUUUUGUGUAAACCUCAAUUCCUGAAGAUGGGGCUAUUUUUGUCCGCUUCCUAUUAGCCUUGACACCUUUUGGAGCAAUCACCCGUUCUUCUCGGUACGAGGCCUUUUUCUGACGCUGUUAUAUUCAGAGAAUGCAUUUUGACCCAACUGUGAAAAAUGCGGUGCCUCGGUGGGAUUCGAACCCACGACAGCAAGUGGAAGGCUUUAGUACAGCCAACGCUCUAUCCACCUGAGCUACAAGGCCCCACCGGACGACGCGAGUUUAAUUAUAUUACAGUACAUUACAUUCAGAGAAGCCUAACUUGAAAAUAACUUUGAUCGUCAUCUCGACGAUGUUUGGCAUUUUUUUAGUAUGUUUAAGGGCUACACUUGCCCCCAACCGAGUUACGAGAUCUCCUGAUGAUAUGUAUAACAUUGAUGGGGAAGCUAGCCACUCUUUGAUUGGUUGAACCGUUAUGCUAAUAAGAUGGUGUCCGGGUACUACUUACGUUUAUUUUUAACUUUUCGAUCUUCGAAUAAAGUUGUUUGAAGUUGCCUGAAAAAUAUCUUUUGAGGACCUCUCAUCUGCAGAUUACGUAGUUAUGCGGAUCUUAGUUUUUGCUUCUUCAAAAGGCAAAGUCUCGGGAAUACGGACCCCCCUGUGGCCUUGUUCUAAAUUCCAGGGCUAGGGGGCGUUAGAGUUAGGCUUGGGGUAAGGCUAAGUUAGGACGCGGAAGUUGGGACCCCUGGAACUUAUUUCGAAACCACCUCUAGUAGUGGGGGUGGAGGGUAAUAUUCCGGCUUCCGACCACGAUUUUUUUUACAAAAAUUCAGGACAAAACACCGACUCCCGCCACGUCACUGACUGAUGCACACCUGAGGUUCAGAUUGGAAAAGUUUAGAGAUCCGGGAAGAUUAUUAGAAGAAGAAAAUUGGCUCUCCGGAAUAGGUUUAUUUAACUGCUGACGUUUCAAAGAGCUGGGUCGGCUCUUCAUUGUCAAAGCGUAAACUGCACCUAAUCGAUCAGAAAUUUAAUUUAAAGUGGCAAGCUGUGUUGGCUGGCUGUUGGUUGUCAUCUUGCAUUUUGUAUGUCGCUGCCAAGCCUUGAAUGUAAGACAAGACACUGUAACGGGAACCGUCCCUACUCUGGGGGACUUGCUUUAGUUUCCAGGGUUAUUGAGGUUAGGUUCAACUGCAGCUGUUGAAAAUGGGAGUCUACUUCUUAUUACUAUAACAUUUUUACUUAUUUGAUUUAGGUAGACAUGCUAUAAUAAGUUUGUGUUCCCGUCAAGGCUUGAGAAGUGGACUAAGGCCAAAGUUCGGGCUAGAGGUAGAGUUAGGUUGACCUGCCGCAUAUUCUCUUAUUUAAACAGACCCUCCCUGACCGCUAACCAUGAAUUACCUGUUCUCUUCUCGUGUACACGCCCUAAGUCGCAUCUCCAAAACUGCGCGGUCUGAUCCGACACCUCGUUGGAGUAAUAAAAGAAAUUCACGGCAGAAAUGCGAGCUUUGUCAAUGCCUUCCGAGAAUUCCGUUUAUUGUCGUGCGCAUCUCCCCUACUGGCAGACCUAAUACCAGCAUUCAUCCCAUAUUACAGGAGUCCCUAUGCUCUAUUUCCCCAGUGAGCUUGCAUAUUCAAUCCUUACCGGCCUAACGUUAGCACUUUGCAUUACGGGGGGGGGAGGGGGUUCCUAUUCUCGUGUCCUGCUGAUUUAAAAUAAAAUCAUCCCAGCACAAACGGCGAGUUGGUGCCGCUGCCCAAUGAUGAACCGCGACAAUUCAGACCGGAGGGAGAUAAGCAGUAGGACUAAAAUUCGUCUCCCAGUUCCAAACAAUUCGUCCGGCGGGGCCUCGUAGCUCAGGUGGUUAGAGCGUUGGCUGUACUAAAGCCUUCCCCCUUUCUGCGUGGGUUCGAAUCCCACCGAGACGCCGAGUUUUUCACAGUUGGGUCAAUAUGAAUUAUUGAAAAUCUGCCAAAAUAUCAAUGAAUUCUGGAAGUGUAACAUCAUCUAAAGUCCGUGCAAAGAAGUAAUGCACUAUAAUUUCACCGAUGUUCCUUUUGUGCGAGAAACUGCUCAGUGAGCAAUCGUUAACCCCUGGGUAUUUGUUUCCUACUCCGACUUGGACAGAUAGUAAUGAUCUAAAAAAGUUUUCCAAGGGUUUCGCGGAAGUAAAACUAACUCACGAGGUGCUGUGAUCAAUUACUUUGCGCAACAACACAAGCCAUUGUUGCCUUUUAAUUUCCUCAGAAAUUAACUUCUAACUUGGAGUAGAUCAGUUUAUACUAGGGUUUAUACCUAGUAAACUCAAGCGCGAAUAUGCAGUUUUCAGUCUAUUUGGGACUUGUCUUUCGCAAAAUUUCCAUUUUAAAACGACGGCAAAGGCCGAUGAGUCUCGAGGCAGCCUUGAGCCGUUCGUCAACGCUUUGCCGGUUUCGCUGCCUUCAGUAGAUCGUUUCUGUCCAGGUUUGUGGACGCCCUUUACCUCCGCAUUCACUGUAGCUUGCGCUCGAGCACUCAGGUCUCGCCUGCGGUACGUUUCAGCCCAGGAAGUCACCCGGGGAUACCAAGAGCUAUCGGCCUUUACGUAACAGAAAACGUCGGAUGGUGUUCUGUGAGGGGGAGGCUUCAUACGCGUUGUCGUGUUUGGCCGAUAAACAAGCUUCACAGAUAACUGGACACUUCUGAAUAAAUUUCUGGGUUUCGGUCAUACGGUUUUACCACCGAGACUGGCCAGUUGGCCUACAUUUAUUUGCGGUUUUGUUUUUUUGAGUGUGUGAGUGAAUGGAACUUGCUGGUUCUUCAGAGAGACUUUCCUUCCGCACUGUUGACCAUUCGAUGUCAGAGUGCAUUGCAUGGAUUGGUAUGGUCGUUUUUUUGCUGAACUUCGUGCAGCCUCUUUCCCCGAGGGGCAGUGAAACCAGGUUAGGGGGUCCCGAAUCGUUUAACGCUUAAUCGAACGGUAUGGCUGAAGCAACAUAAUUCGAAGCUAUUCGAAGGAGUUGAAGGUAUUUCGGUCUAUUCGAUUUCGAAAACCCAAUGUUUGCGUUGUUUUACUUAAGUAAGACAUCUAAAGCAUUGUUGUUCUUUAAAGCAUACGGUGGUCGUCCAGCUUUCUUACUAAGCAUACUUAUUUCGUGGCUGCAUAACCCCACUAUUAAAACGACCUUCUUUUCCCUUUUUGUUCGUCGGGACACUUUAACUUCUGUCACUAGAACAUUCUUAUGUGUUUUGAUACCCGUUUAAAUUAAUUGUAUGCGAGGACAGCACACGAGUAUUUUUUGGAUUCCCUCCUCCCAUUUGCAGAUGCUGACCCUUUCCUUCGCAUCCUUCCCCUCGAAAUCUCCCGCGGUGGGCCACAGUCAGCCCAACUGGAUGCAUUUAAACCCCCUUGCUUCUUGCCCGCCCUCCAGACCCACCGACUCUGCGCAAGUUCCUUCCCUGCCCUACUCACUCGCCUUCCAAUUGGCCACCUGCGGCCUUGAAAGUGGCUUCAGCAACACACUACUUAAACCGUCCAAUCCGGACUCCCGCCCAGGUUGCGCCUGCAGCCUCAUGAAGGGCAUGAAGGAGGAACUUGUUGCGUCGCUGCCAGACAGCCCGCAGAUUGUGCCCCGGCCCCCGGAAAAAUCCUUCCAGCCCUGCUUCCCCUGCACGCAGCCCUCAAUCAAUCGGACGGCAGUUGGUCUGGAAGCGCUCAGCCACUGUUCGGCUGAGGACCAGUGGUUGUCUACUGGACUGAGGCACCACCUGGCCGAAGCAUUUAUUCACAAGUUCCACACUGACCAGGAGGUUGAUGACCUGCGCGAGCGACGUGAACUCGUUGUGGAGAGGCUUGUUGAGGCCUACGCCUCGCAAGAUGGCUGA